AUGCGGCACAAUCCGACAGCUGAAGAACUUGAGCUUGCAGUUUCCGAGGUAUUGGAAAAGUCUGACAAGGACCUAACAGCCAAAGAAGUCCGAGAGAAACUACUUCAGGAGAAUGGCAAAGGAUGGAAGGUGCCUGCAGAGCGCCGAAUUGCCAAGUUUGUCAAGCGACAGAACAGUCGCAAAAAUCUCAAAGAUUCGGGAGAUGACAAGAAAGGGCUAAUUAGUCGCUUUUUCAAAGGCGAUAGCAAGACAAAGAGCCCAGCACGCAACAAACAACAAGAUGCAGAAAAGCCAGAAGCGCAUCCAGACGAUACAUCCAUGUCGACCGUGGAAAAUGAGAAAAAAGGAGGCUUACGGAACUCAUUCGCCCGAGUGUUUUCUACCCGGAAAAGCAGCUCCCCAAAGGCUUCCGAGAAAGAGGCUGAGAAAAGCGCGGAGGAAGUUAUCCCUGUUGCAGUCGCAGAAGCCGUAGAGACUGAUAAGCCAACAACCAACACUGUGCAUCAACUGCCCGAUGUCACCAAUCCACCUCCUGCAACUGAUGAUUCUCCAAUAUUGAAGGAUCCAGCACAAAAAGAGGAUUGCCCCAAACCGCCGGUGGCAACAGGACAUUGUGGGGAAUUGGGUGCAGAAAAGAGCGCCGAAAGUGCCGUCGUUGCAAACCGCAAGCAGGAAGACAAAUGGAUGUCACACGAGGUCGACGUCGCGAAGACCUUUGCCUACUUGGAUGACAACGACGGAAAGCGAAAUGAUUGUGACUGUGAACUUUGCAUUAUUCAGUGA